AUGCACAAACUGGAGGAAGAUAUGAGGGAUAUGCCUGAGAAAUGGUGCACAUGUUCUUCAGAUGGUGGUGAUCAGCAAUUACGAAAAGCUACUUCCCGUGAAAAUUCUAGAGACAAUUACUUGUAUUGUCCACGAGCAAUAGACAUUCAACAUGGAGAUUUGAAGCAUUUCCAGUGGCAUUGGUCAAAAGGGGAACCUGAGAUUGUCAGUAAUGUUCUUGAAACUACACUUGGGUUGAGCUGGGAACCCAUGGUCAUGUGGCGUGCUUUUCGCUGGGCUUCAAAUCCCAAAGAAAACAAGCUCUCAGAUGAGGCUGUUAUUAACUGUUUGGAUUGGUGUGAGGUUGAUGUUAAUCUUCAAAAGUUUUUUACUUGGUAUACGGAUGGUAUAUAUGACACUGAAGGGUGGCCUCAGAUCCUAAAGCUGAAAGAGUACUGGCCUCCAUUAAAUUCAUUUAAAGAACGGCUGCCACGUCAUGUGUUGAAUUCAUCACUUGUUUACACUUUAAAGAGUACACACAUCCACGUGAUGGCUACCUUAAUCUUGCAGUCAAAUUGCAUGAAGAAUCUUGAUCAGAAGGAACUUUAUGUUGAUAACACAAAAGAUGCUACUUCUGAGCAAGUUGUUGGGUCGAAGAAAGAAGAAGGGCAUAAAACUACUAGUAAUCUAUCAGAUCAAUAUUUAUUGAAGAAGGAAAGUUGUGAAGGAGUUGAGUUUGACAUUGAUAAAAAAGAUAAGAGGAAGAGAAAGGGUUCAAAUAAAAGAGUUGAGGGACCAGAUGGAAAUAAACGAAAGAAAAAGAAGGGCAGGAAACAAGUGAUAUCUUUUAAUAGUGAAGAAGGUGAUAACCAGGAUGAUACUUCAGGUACUUGUGUGGUUGGAUCUGAUUUAGGAGAUGGAGGUGCUUUGUUGGACAUAUUUAGGAGGGAAGAUACUCCUAAACUCGAAGAAUAUCUCAAAAAACAUUUCAGAGAGUUUAGACAUUCCUUCUGUCUUCCACUACAGCAGGUUAUACACCCAAUUCAUGAUCAAAAAAUUUUCUUAACCAUGGACCAUAAAAGGAAGCUCAAGGAAGAGUUUGGGAUUGAAGCAUGGUGUUUUGUCCAAAAGCUUGGAGAUGCUGUCUUAAUACCUACUGGAUGUGCCCAUCAAGUCAGAAAUCUAAAGGGAUCAUCAGGGCUUGAUGUUGUGGGGAUUAAUUGCCAUGUCACAAAUCUACCCAAAGCUACAUGAGCAAGAGCAGAUGACAACGCCAACGAUGAAAAACAACCACAUUGUAGCUUCCUACAAUUAACAGAACGAGUAUCUCUAGAGGAACACUCCCUCACGGAUCACUGGUUCGUCUUUCUAAUAAUACAAUUUUUCCCAUUAUCAAACACCUUACCACCACCACCUGCGGCAGUAGAACACAAUGGCGCUUCACUUGUGAAGUAG